AUGCCCUCCACAGUCACUAAAUCGCUCGUGCUUCUUUCGUGCACUUUCCUAGGCCUUAUUUGUGGAACCUUGUACCUAUACUCGUCUUAUAGCCCGCAGUUGGCGCUAAGGCUCCAGUACACCGCCACAGACUCGUCACUCAUAGCGCUUUUUGGCUCUUUGGGUGUGGCCAUCACUGGGCCCUUGGCUGGUAUGGUCGUUGACCGCAGAGGCUAUACUGUUUCGCUUUUGAUUGGCGGCUCGACUAUCUGUUUGGGCUACUAUUGCCUCAGAAGACAGUAUGCUACGGCCAGCUCCGACUUGAACUGGCUGUGUUUCUUGUUGUUCUUGGUGGGGUUCGGAUCCACAUUCAUCAAUUCUGCUUGCCUCAAAUGUUGUGCUGUUUCGUUCCCGAACAUACGUGGGGUGGCUACCUCACUCCCAUUAGCCUUGUACGGCCUCUCUGCAAUGUUUUACUCUGUGGUUGCAUCUUUGUACUACCCUGGUGACACAGCGGGCUUCCUUUGGUUCUUAAUUGUGUCUGUGGGCGUUAUUUUGGCCAUCUGCGCUCCCCAAUUGAUGCUUUGCGACGUGAGGAAGCUUCAGCCAAAGAGACACCCUGUGAGCAACUCUGAAAUUAUACAGAUGACCACUAUUGGCCAGAAAUUUGAGACUGAACCCGUCCAAUAUCAUGAUCUCCACCACCACGCAGAAGUUUCAGGGCUCGCAUUGUUUCUGAACCCCAGAUUCUGGCUCCUUUUCAUCACCACUGGCGCUUUCGCUUCUUUGGGCCAAAUGUACAUCUACACUGUUGGAUAUAUGGUCAAGGCGCUUGUAACAAACACAUUCCUGCCUCCAGUGGACCCCACGGCAGAGUAUGUGCCCAUGGACAUCGUCAUUCAACAGGAGCAGCAGGUCCAAGUGGGACUCACAUCUAUUGCAAACUGCAUUGGAAGACUUCUGGCGGGCAUUUUGGGAGAUAUAAUAACUCAAAGCUUCCAAAAGCCACGAGGAUGGCUCCUUUUCAUUCCAGGUUUUGGCCUUGUAAUCACCCAAAUCAUGGCCCUCAGCAUCACGGACCCUCAUCAUUUGGAGUGGGCUUCAAUGUUAUCGGGAUUCUUCUACGGAUUUACAUUUUGCAUCAUGCCAAUCAUUGUUGGUGAUGUUUUCGGCAUGGAAAAUUUCUCUGGCAACUGGGGACUUGUGGGAAUGGCACCAAUCGCUCCCUCUUUCUUCUUUACCAACCUUUUCGGUAAGGUUUACGAUCAGCACACCAGCACGACUGACUUGGGCACAAACAUCUGUACUCUAGGAAACGGCUGCUACAGACAAGUCUUUAAACUAACCCUUGGAGUGAGUGUUUUCUCCAUUUUGGUGGUCUCCAUCUUCAAUUUUGGAGAGCUCUAUCUCGCAAGCAGACCCAACGAGCGCGCAAAGGCCAAUACUAAGCAAGAGAAGUGA